AGUCGGCGCUGCCGUGGCGGCUGUGUCGGCAGCGCCGGCGGAGGUACCGAGGCGGACGUAUCAUGCAAGAGAACUUUAUGCGGCUGUUGUUAUCCAAACCGCUUUCAGAGGAUAUCUGGCAAGAAGAGCGUUGAGGGCAUUGAAAGGGCUGGUGAAGCUACAGGCACUGGUGAGGGGUCACAAUGUGAGGAAACAAGCCAAGAUGACAUUGAGGUGCAUGCAAGCUCUGGUUCGUGUCCAAGCCCGAGUCCUCGACCAGCGUAAGCGCUUGUCCCACGACGGCAGCCGUAAAUCCGCUUUCAGCGACACUCACAGCGUCUUCGACUCUCGUUAUUUCCCCGAUAUAUCCGACGGGAAAUCCAUGUCAAGAGAAGGAAGUAGCAUCGCGGAGGAUUGGGAUGAGCGGCCGCACACGAUUGAGGAAGUGAAAGCUAUGUUACAACAAAGACGAGACACUAACUGUCGCCUUUCCCAUGCUUUCUCUCAGCAGAUGUGGAGAUCGGGCGGAAGCCAGUCCGCGGGGGAAUACUAUGAGCCCGAGGAGAGACCGAAAUGGCUUGACCGGUGGAUGGCUUCAAGGCCAUGGGAUAACCGAGCCAGAGCUUCCACGGACCAGAGGGUUCCUGUCAAAACGGUGGAGAUGGACACUUCCCAACCUUACUCUUACUUGGCUGCACCUAGUUACACCAGACCCAGAACCCCGAGCCAUAGCCAUCCUAACCAGAGGCCCAGUUCUCCAUCAAGAACGAGCCACCACCACCACCACCAGUUACCGGCCACGCCAUCCCCAGCCAAGUCCAGGCCAAUGCAAGUACGGUCGGCGAGCCCGCGGUGCCAGAGAGACGACCGGUCCUACCAAUACACAUCCAACACUCCGAGUCUGAGGUCUAACUACAGUUUCACCAGCCGAAGUGGCUGCAGCACUACGCUUAGCACCAGCGCAACGGCUACAUUGCCCAACUACAUGGCCACGACCGAGUCGGCUAAAGCCAGGAUCCGAUCACAGAGCGCCCCCAGGCCACGCCCUUCAACGCCGGAGAAGGAUCGAGCCGGCUCGGCGGCCAGGAAACGGCUGUCUUUUCCGGUGCCUCAGCCGCCGGAGCACAGCGGAGGGCAUUAUGGUAAUAACAACAACUACAGUUUGAGGAGUCCGAGCUUUAAGAGUGCGAGUGGGUCCCGUUUCGGGGCGAUGGAGCAGCAAUCGAACUACUCUUCAUGUUGUACUGAGAGUCUUGGUGGGGAAAUCUCACCUUCUUCCACUAGUGACUUUAGGAGAUGGCUGAGAUGAUCUCUGAUGCCGAAAUCUACGGUCCAGAUUCUUUGGCCUGCACCCCUUAAAAAAGGUUCUUUUUCUAAUAAAAAAAAAAUGAUAUUGACUUGUUAAUUUUGUGGUGUUGAGAUUUGUGUGUAUUUUGUAUUUGUAGCUUAUAAAAAGGAGGAUUGGACAAAGCAUCUUUCAUAGAAAGAGUUGCUUCUUCUGGUUGCUUGUUGUGUCUCUUUUUUCCAAAUGUAAAAACAGUAAACUUCUGAUUUCGUCAUGUUAGUGAUGCAGCUUUUCUCA